GUGAUGUCCAGGGUGAAGGAAUGGAGGUGCGAGAAGGGGAGUCCCCACAAAGGGAGGUCGAAGCUGCUUGUGCUGUCCUCGUGGGAAGCCACCUGGUUUUGCCCAUGGAAAGUCACCUGGAAGAGGGCCUUGUUGAUGGAGAGCAGGAAAAGCCUGAGCAUCAGGAAAUGCCCAUGUGUGAGAUGGAUCUGGCUGCAGAGGAGGAAAAGGAGCAGGAGACGUGCCCAGGGGAGGAGACGUGCCCAGAGCAGGAGUCCUCAAACAUCCAUGAGGCCGUCCCAGCAGAAGAGGCUUCAUCAGGGACUGAAGAAGAUGCCGUUGGAGAGGAGGACCCAGGCAGAGCAAAAGAGGGUGAGGGAGAAAAGGGAGAGGCCGGUGGGGAGGUGCUGGGAGCAGAAGAUCCCUGGGCAGGAGAGGCAGCGGGACCUGAAACCCCGGGGCAGGAGAGCGGAGCCCAGGAGGAGCCUGGGGACCUGCAGGAAAACAGCUUUGUGGAGGAGGAGCUGGAGCAGGAGGAGCUGGAGCCAGAGCUGGGAGAGGAGCCCUGGGGCAGGGGGGAUGAUGGCAACGGGCAAAAGUCCCAUCCAGAGGGUUGGGAGGUGACAGCGGGAGACACAGAGGGGACUCUGGGGUUGGAAGAGCCGUCUUGGACGGAUGAUGCCCCGACAAGCGCAGGAGGGCUGGAAAGUGAGGAGGGAGAUGGCACAUCGCCAGCAGAGCUGGAGGAAGCCCAGGAGGAUGAUAAAGAAGAUGCUGAGAGCCAGGAGAUGAGCCAGCAGCAGCCACCGCCAGAGGCUGAGCCUGCCCCGGAGCUGGCAAGGGAUGAGCAGGAUGGCACCGCAGGGCAGCCUGCCCCGACACCCGCAGAUGUCCCUGGGCAAGGGGACAGCCAGGAGCCGGCCGAGGCUCCGGAGGAGCCGUGGGAGGUGCAGGAUGAAGAUGCUGAUGAUGAGCUUGGCUCAGAGCCGGGACAGCCGGAGAGCAGCAGCUCCGGCCCCGCAGCACUCGAGCAGGCACAAGGUGAUGGUGCUGAGAGAAGCGAGGAGGAGGAGGAGGAGGAUGAGGAUGCCGGGCGAUCGGGAGAGCUGGAGCCAGCGCCGGGGGCGGGCAGGAGGGUGGAGCUGGAGGACACGCUGCCGGACAGCACACCCUUGCACCUCUACGAAGGAGAGAUGCUGGCUGCGGUCGCACCCAGCCAAAACCUUUCGGAGACCGAGGAGUCCACAGAGACAGCCCCUGCACCCGAAAUAGCUCCGGAGGAUGAAGGAUGGCUGGAAGGGAGGGACAAGCCACCAACUCCCACCGUGCCAGAGAGCCACGAAGAGGAAGCAGAGACAGAGGUAGCCCCUGUGGCAGAGGGUGUCGAGGAGGAGGAAGGUUAUUUCAUGGUCUCUGCUCCCAACCAAGAGGUGUCCAGCUCGGAGGAAGCUGAGAUCUCCGAGGAUUUUGAAGAAAUUAAAGUUGAAGCAAUCGAGGCCAGCAAAGAUGAUCUGGAAGCUCCUGGAGAAGCAUCUCCAGUGCCAGAGGACGAAGGGCACUUUGAGGCGUUUGUCGGUGAAGCAGAUGAAGACGUGAAGAUGCCCACAGAAGAACCUGAGAUGCCAAAGGAUGAGGAUGAGGACGAUGCUGGGGGUUUUACUGCUGAGCUGGAGGAAGGUCCGGCUGCACCCGAGGCAGAUCCUGGCUCCCCCGGGGCCGUGGGGCUGUUCACAGGAGGUGCUGAGGCAGCCCCAGGUGCCACCAGCUCACCUGAGGGACCAGGACACUCGGAGGAUUUGGCCGCGGAACUGGUUGAGGAGCUCGAUGACAUGGUAGAGCCGGAGAGCGACGCCAGCACAGCCAAAACGCUCCCAGGCUGUGACAUGGAGCUGGCAGGGCCGGAGGAGGAGGAGGAGGAGGAAGAGGAGGAGGAUCCCGGCAGAGCUCACCAUGACACAGCCGAGUCCAUCCCUCCGGCCGGGCUCCAGGCCCGGGUGAUGCUGGUUUCUCCGGUGCCGGACCGAGCGGAGCAGACAGCGGAUGAGCAGCCGUUGGUGGAGGAGGAAGCUCCAGACGGUGACAUCCCUCCCCCGGCCGGGGACGAGGAGCCCCCCGAGGCCGAGCCCCCGAGGCCGGGCUCUGUGCCGGAGCAGGGAGGUUUUCCAGAGCGGAUUGAAGAAGGCCCAGGCGCGGCGGAUCUCUCUGCCGAGGUGCCGGUGGACGUCAUGAAAGACUCGGAUAUUUUGGAAAUAGUCGAGAAAGCCCUGGAGUUCAACCAGGAGCUGGUGAUGGGGGUGAGGGCGGCCGAGGGUGGGCAACGGGAUCUCGGUGGGACCCAGCCCCCCCGUGACACCGGGGAAGACUCCUCGCCCGCCUCGUCCAGCGAGGAGGAACCGACGGUGCAGGAGGCACCGGCCGACGUGGCACCGGGGACGGAAGGUCCGGUUCGGGCCGAGAACGGGCUGCACCGGGAGGCCAGCCUGGAGGACCUGGCCGAAUUCACCGAGGAGGUGCCGAACGGAAUCGCCGACGUGCCGCCGGCACAGGAGCUCCCCGCGGAGAGC